AGAGAACAACGGAGAUCGGGCGGCUGAUCAGCUCCUACCUGCUGAAGGAGAGGAACCUGGAGGACCACACCGUUCACCUGCUGUUCUCUGCCAACCGCUGGGAACACGUACCGUUGAUGAAAGAGAAACUACACCAAGGGAUCACGCUUGUGGUUGACAGAUAUGCCUUUUCUGGAGUGGCCUUCACCAGUGCCAAAGAGUUAAGCCCAGAAAAAGCAGCAGAACGAGGGAACUUCGGAAAUGAACGUUACGAGAACAGCUCCUUCCAAGAGAAAGUUCUGCAGUCCUUCCACCAUCUGAUGAAGGACAAGACAUUAAACUGGAAGACAAUGGAUGCUUCAAAGAGCAUAGAAGACCUGCACAGAGAAAUCAAGUCCAUUGUAGAGGAAACCAUGCAGGAGGUUCAGAAUAAACCUCUGGGAGAACUCUGGAAAUAA